AUGACGAAGGUAGUUCAGCAACGGAGCGACGAAAGAUUGAAACCGAUGGAAAUGAAGAAGCAAAAAAUCACCAAUAAUUCGUCCGAGUCGGUUAACGAGAAAGUACCUGAUAUAUGUCAAAAGUUGUUGGAGAAACAGGAUAAUCUCGAAAAAUCUAUCACAGAAGUUGUCGAGAAACUUCGAUCGGCUGAAGAAAAAAUAGAUAAAAUUUUGCAGAAACGCGAAGAAGACACUGACGAGAAGAAACAAACUGAAGAGACGGCAAACAGCAUCGAGAAUCCAGUCACUUCGCCAGAGUGUUCAAAUGAAAAAUCAUCUCAAAUAUUGCCAAUGACUGGAAAGUGCUUUGUGCUGAAGCAUGUCUUUACAAAUGUUCAGGAUGUGAAGGAAGAAGUCGUAAAAUUUGGCAAAGAAGAAGAACAUUUUGGAGUGACAUGGCAAGUAUGUCUGUGGAAAGAAGAAGAUGACCAACUUGGCUUAUAUUUACAUUGUGCUAAAUCAUUGAGUGACGAGAAAUGGUUGAUUUCAUCAGAUGCUCAUUUCAAACUGGUCUCGACUAAUGGAAAGUGUCAUUCAGAAUUGAUGAGUGAUACCCAUGGAUAUACAAAUGGAAACACCGAAUUUGUUGCGUACGGCCCGAAGCGUUUUAUCGAAUAUAACAAAAUGGAAGAAGAUUUUCUCGAGGAUGACAAGCUGGCCGUUGAGAUCCAUGUGAAAAUCAAGGAAAUGACAGGAAUCUAUAAGAAUGACUUGAAAAGUUUCGGUGAUGACAUGAAAUCAUUUUCUGAUGUUAUUCUUGUUGUCAAUGAGAAGAAGUUCUACGUGUCAAAAUUGUACCUCGCUGGACAUUCUCCAUAUUUCAAUUCGCUUUUAAUGGGACAUUUCCAAGAGUCAAAGAAAUCUGAAAUCAAAUUGACUGGAAUUGAUGCGGAUGAUUUUCAGAAUUACCUCGAAAUACUCUAUGGAGAACAUUCUAUUGAUGAAUACACUGUCGAGGGAAUCCUCAUGGUGGCCGACAUGUACGAAACUCCUCUGGUAAUCCGGAAAUGCGAGGAAUUUCUUCUCAGAAAAUCAAAGAAGACAUUGAAAAAGAAGUUACAAAUGUCAAUUCGAUACAAUUUGGAUACUUUGAAGAAGCAAUGUUUCAGUGAAAUCAAGUCGUUUGCUGAUAUGAAGAAUGCUAUUACUGGAAACAUUCACGAUUUGGAUCAACCUAUUUUGGCAGAGCUCCUUGAGAAGGGUUUCGAUCUUUAUUCCACUCUAAAGAUGGCAUCUGGAAACAUUGUGAAACUGGACAUUGGUGGUACCAUCUUCAAAACCACGAAAUCCACGUUGACAAGAUUCGAUGGAAUGCUCAAAGUGAUGAUUGAAACUGAAAUUCCUGUCGAAAAAGACGAAUCCGGAUGCAUUUUUGUCGAUCGUGACCCAACUCACUUCAGAUUAAUUCUGAAUUUUCUGAGAGAUGGUCAUGUGACGCUUCCGGAUUCCGAAAAAGAGAUUCUAGAAAUUCAACAAGAAGCUCAGUUUUAUCUAUUGGAUGGUUUGAUGGAAUUGUGCAAACGACAAUUGGAUCCAAACAUCAUCAAACUGAAUGUCGGCGGAACAGUUUUCCAGACCAAAAAAUGCAUGUUGAAACGUUUUCCUUCAUGCUUUAAGCUUGAAAAAGAUGAGGCCGGACGCAUUUUCAUCGAUCGAAACCCGAAACACUUCCCCUUGAUUCUGGAUUUUCUUCGCGAUGGUGUUGUUCUUCCAGAUGACAUGAAAGAACUCAGAGAAAUUCUGAAAGAAGCGAAUGCAUAUCAAGUGGAUUGUCUCGUUUGGUUGUGCAACAAAAGAAUGAACGAUCUAGGCUUACGUAUGUAUUCGAGUGCGAAUAAGUGA